AUGUUUGCAAGCUUAAAAAGUAAAAUAAAAGAAGAAACUGGAAGUGAUAUCAGCAAGUUAACAAGUAGUUGGCGUACUGGUGCGUUUCUGGGAAGAAUAACCCUCAGAGAUGAGUCGACCACAACAAGUCCAACUAGUUCUAGUGGACAAGGCGAUUCUACCUCUGAUUCGAUAUCGCCUCAACUACAAACAUAUCUAUCGGAUCGGACUGGAUGCGAAGUAGACAACGUGGCACUGCAGCAACAAUACACGUCGCAACUUGAGGCUAAGCUACGCGAGAGGGACGCUCAUUGGGAGCAGAAGGUUGAGGAAUUGAAACAUUCCCUCGCUUCAAUCCAAGGGGAAGAGGCGGCCGCAGCGCAAGCGGUUGCCCGUAUAGCGCAGUCUGAGGCCGCAAAGGCGACCACUGAACGCGACACUGCCGUGAGGCAUCUCGCCGAACUGAAGGCCAGGCUGGCGGCCGUCGAGACCGCACAGGAUCGACUGGAUGCUCUAACGGAGGAGAUAGAGCAGUCCCGCCGCCAGUGGGCCCGCGAGCGCGCGGAGCUGACCUCGGCGCUGGGCGAGGCGGACGCUCGCGCCCGGGACCUCGCCGACCGGGUGGAGCUGCUGCGCGCCGCCCUGCCCCCGGACAACCCGCACCACCACUACCACGGCGAAGAUGAACGCGAUUCUAAGUCGACCGGCUGCGCUGAGUACGACCGCGUGUGUCGCGAACGCGCCGUUCUCACGAGGCAACUGCAGGAGGCCAAGAUGGCGCUCGCCGACGUCAAGACCUCGUGGAGCGGACAGAUCGCGUCUCUGGAGACACAGGUGGCGCGAUUAUCGCGGCAAGCGGGGGAGGAAGGUGCGGAGAGGCGACGAGUUGAGAUGGAGAAGAAAGAGAUACAAGAGGAACUUUCCAAAAUCGAAGCAGAGCUGGAAAAGACUAAGCAAAGCUUGGCUAACAGUGACGCUAAGGUGACGAGACUGAACGGGGAAGUGCACUCGUUGGCCAUGGAGCUGAAGGGGCUGCGAGCAACCGCCGAGCACACGGCCGAGAAAACGAUGGAACUCGAACAGCAAAUAGAAGCGUUGACUGAGGAGAACAGACAGCUGGUGGAGGCGCUGGAGGGGGAGCGGGCGCUGGUGAAGACUUUGCGCGACAGAGCCGAGGAGUCGGAACAGCUCCACGACGAGCAGAAAUCCGAGCUGAACCACUUGAACAGCGUCGUCACCGAGAUGCAGCACGACUACGUCGACAUGCAGAGGAAGUUCGACAAGGAGAAGCGUGAGAAAGACGAAGCGUUGCUACGCAACGCUCAUAUGUCACAAUCCAUAGAGAUGAGCCAAUGUAACGUACGUUACCUGGAAAGCGAAUCGAACGAAUUGAGGACGAAGAUAAACGACCUGGAAAGCCUCAUAGCACAACACAAGGAGAACCAAGCGACUUGCAUGAUAAUAAAAGAGAACGAAGAGUCGCGAAAAGCCGAAAUAGAGCAGUUGAAAACACGAAUAGAGGCCCUGCUGGAAAGCGAGAGCGCUCUCAAGAAAACUAUACAAGACUUGGAAACUGAAAUCUGUGAUAAAAAUAAGAGAAUAAAAACGUUAGACAAUCGAAUAUCGGAUAUGAAGAAAACCUUACAACGGGAGUUGCAGAGCAGCAAGUCCGACCUCAGCUCGGCGGAGGAACAAGACAUUAGUAGACGAUACCUGAAGCACGUGGUGCUGCGGUUCCUGACUGCGCGCGAGAUCGAGGCGCGGCAGCUGACGCGCGCGCUGGCCGUGCUGCUGCGGCUCAGCGCGCACGAGGAGGCCUCGCUGCGGGCCGCGCUGCCGCCGCGCACCGGCCUCGCCUCCUGGCUGCCCUCGCUCAACGCC